AACUUGACGUGCUUCUAUAAAUACACCUUGGAUGCAUGGACUCGUCACUUCAUUCACCACCGUUACCAUUCAUUCGCUCUCUCAGUUUUCUUUCAUCACCAACGCAGCAAAGCACGACGAUGGAGAAGGAGAAGAAGAUGUUCGUGUUGAAGAGCUCCGAUGGUGAAUCCUUUGAAGUCGACGAAGCGGUGGUACUUCAGUCGCAGAUCUUGUCGAAUCUUGUUGAAGAUUGCGAAACCGCUACUGCACACAAGACGGCGGAAGUCACAGGCAAGAUCCUCGCGAAGGUGGUCGAAUACUGCAAGAAUCACGUCGCUGUAGUCGCCGGUAGCGAGUCUUCUUCCUCCUCCUCCGGUGAUGCUCUCAAGAAGUGGGACGCUGAGUUCAUCACGCAGAUGGAUCUGUCCACGGUCUAUGAUCUCCUCAUGGCUGCGAACUACCUAAGCAUCGAAGGUCUAUUUGAUCUCACGUGCCAGAGAGUCGCUGAUGAGAUCGCAGCAUGCAAAGACCAUAAGGAGAUUCGCGCAAAGCUCGGCAUCGUGAGUGACUACACAGCAGAGGAAGAAGCAGAGGUUCUCAAGGAGAACGCGUGGGCUUUUGAUUGAUGAAUGAGCGGGUUAAUCUAAACCCUAGCUACUCUUUUCUUUUCGAAUCUUUGUUUAGUGUGUGUGUUUUCGAUGCUUUAGAUUGUACAUAGCUUUCUUGGGUUUGAUUCUGUGAAUAUGAACCUUUCUUGACGCUUAA